AUGGAGUAUUCCUGCCCUCCUGUGCCCAGAGUCAAGGGCGUCACGAGGACGGCACUUUUGCGCGGCGCAUGGGCUUUGAUCAUGAAUCGCUUCCAUGGCUCGGAAGAUGCAGUUUUUGGCACCAUCGUUUCGGGCCGGCGGGAGUCUUUCGUAGGCAUCCAAGGCUUGAUGGGCCCUACGGUUGCCACAAUUCCUGUCCGCGUAAGGGUCGACGGCGGCGACAGCGUUGACAAGUAUCUCGAGGCAAUGGAAGACCAGAUACGCAGCACGAGCUCAUUCGCCCAGCUCGGCCUGCGCCGGAUUGCCCAAGUCAGUAGCGACGCCCGCCAGGCUUGCAGCUUCCAGACGCUGCUUGUAGUGCAGCCAGGAGAGGACACGCACGUCAUCACAAGCGACAUCGGCGACUGGAAACGCUUGGAGACGGACAUUGGGCGCUCAUCCUACGCCUUGACGAUUCAGUGCUUCCUUAACAAGGACAGCAUCAGGAUGGUUGCCAUCUUCGACUCGACGGUCCUUGACUCCUGGAGAGCGCAGAAAAUGCUUGAGCAGUUCAGCUUCGUCACACAGCAACUGGCCGAAGCCAGUGCUUCACGCAUUGUGCCCGCUGCUGAAGACACGUGCGUGCACGACUUGAUCUCGCAAAGACAGGUGCCCAUGACGAACAACGGCAAGACAGAUCGACGUCGGCUCCGUGAAAUGGGGCGGACGGCCUUUUCCCCCCAUGCUCUACGAACCGAGCAGGCGAACAAGGUGGCCCCCAUCAGCCUUAUCGAAAAGAUGCUCGUCGAGGUUUGGGCCGAGGUGCUCAACAUGAGGCCAGACGACAUUUCGACUGACAUGUCAUUUCUUCGACUUGGCGGCGAUUCAAUCACGGCCAUGCAGGUCAUCUCCCGUUGCAGGACUCGAGGCAUCCAUCUUAAAGUGGGAGAAUUGCUCCGAGAGCAAACAAUCCAGAGAGUUGCAGCGCUGAGCACCAGCAUGCCAUCGAGUCUGCCCUGUUCGACAGACGCAGAGCCCCAAGGCGUCGUCUGGGGGUUGUCACCGAUACAGCGCAUGUUUUUCGAGCUCCAUCCCGAUGGACUCCAUCAUUUCAAUCAGGGGUUUCUCUUGAAGAUGCGCGAGAUGGUUCCGAACGAUGCUGUCCGGGCCGCGCUGCAAGCCGUGGUAAGUCGACACUCGAUGCUUCGCGCACGCUUCCGGCGGAGCACAGGGGGCGACUGGGGGCAGGUCAUCUCAAGGAACAGCCCCGAUGGAUUGGCAUUCAGCGAGCACGCUGUUCAAUCAAUGGAAGACAUCGACAGGCUCGUGCAAUCUCGACACGGGUCCCUGGACAUCUCGGCGGGCCCAAUCUUUGCAGCCGACCUCUUCACCGAUGCGCAGGGGACACAGUUCCUUUUCCUUGUGGCCCAUCAUCUAGUUGUCGACCUAGUAUCGUGGCGUGUGCUGUGGCACGAUAUUGAGCACCUCGUUAAAAGAGGAGAGGUAUUGGCUCACCGGACAACGUCGUUCCACACGUGGUGUGGACUGCAGCGAGACGAAGCAACAUCACUUUCGCUUGAUCAGGUCCUUCCCCUGGCAUUCAACGAGCCGGAUCUGGAGUUUUGGGGCAUUUCCGCGAUCGAGAAUACGCACGAGGGCGCCAGGCACUUCGGCACACAUGUCGACGUCGAGACAACACGUCUUUUGCUCGGCCAGAGCAACCAGGCUUUCGGCACCGAAAUCACCGAUGUCCUCGUCGCAGCUUUGGCGCAUUCUUUCCAGCAAGCCUUUCCCGGCCGCCAGCCGCCGCCAGUGCACCUGGAAGGCCACGGGAGGGAGACUCUGGGAGAAGUUGAAGUUGAUGUCUCGGAAACGGUGGGUUGGUUCACCACAAUGCACCCACUUCAAAUCCCAAUAGGCCCCAAUCAAGACAUAGUCGACUCAGUCAGGAUUGCAAAGGACAUUCGACGUCGUGUUCCCGGAAAGGGCCGCCCGUACUUCAACUACCGAUACACUGCCGCCAAAAGCAGUCGACGGCUUGGAGAGCAUAGCAUUCCCGAGCUGACACUCAACUUCACCGGUAUAUAUCAGCAGUUGGAGAAGCAAAACGGGCUCUUCCGGCUCGAGGACAGAUCGGGUGGCUCCGGAAGAUCGCUGAGCAUGGCCGGCGAUGCAAAGAGGUUUUGCUUGGUCGAAGUCGUCGUGGGCGUCGCCAAGGGUCGCAUGACCAUCUCCUUUGGGGUCCAUCAAGACAUGUCCCACCAGCCUCAGCUGGAGGCGUGGAUGGCCGGGUUCGCGCACCAGUUGAAAGCCGCUGCUCGGAGCCUAUCCAGUCGGCCUGCUUCCUUGACUCCAGGCGACUUCCCCCUCCUGCCAUUGACCUGCGAUGAGCUGGACAGGUUGGUGGGCAAAACGCUUCCCGAGGCGGGCGUUCCGGUGCACACGGUCAGGGACAUGUACCCCUGCACUCCGCUGCAGGAAGGCAUCCUUUUUAGCAUCAGCAAAGGAACGGCAACCUAUGCAAACUUGUUUAUAUGGGAGUGUGUUGCCGAGGGCCAAGGCCCCGUUUCGCCGCUGCGCCUCGAGGCGGCAUGGAGAAGCGUGUUUGCCCACCACGCCAUGCUGUCAACCGUCUUUGUGGAGCGGCUGGACGUUGGCGGUUUCAUCCAGGUUGUGCUUCGGAACCAGUCUCCCAGGCUUUCGUUGAUCCAGUCGGGUUCUAGACCGCCAGCAGAUGCGUUGCGAGAGCAGAAACGGCCCAGCUUUGCCGCCGGGGAGCCACAGCAUGCACUUACCAUCUGCCAGGCCUCCAACGGCGGCGUCGCUUGCCGCCUCGACAUAACGCAUGCGCUCAUUGACGCCGCAUCUGUCCAAAUCCUGAUGGGCGAUCUGUCCAGGGCGUAUGAUGGGCGUUGUCUCCCAGCGCAUGCGCCGUUUGCCAAGUUCAUUCAGCACACGACGCGGGCGCCCAAGCAGGACAGCGUCGCGUUUUGGACGAAGCUCUUGGCCAAUGUUCGGGAAUGCUACUUUCCGUCGGGACACGCUGGAGCAUGGCCGGCCCCGUCGCGUCCAGGCCAAGGCCGCAUCACGCUUCCGUCGAGCGUCACGAGUCAGCUUCACGCCUUCUGCCAAGGCCAGGGCAUCACACGCUCCGUCUUGAUCCAGGUCGCCUGGGCUCUUGUGCUGUCUCAGUACACCGGGUCGCGGGAUGUGUGUUUCGGCUACUUAGCGUCAAGUCGCGAUAUCCCGGUCAAGCUCAUCGACAACACGGUGGGACCGUUGAUCAAUGUCUUGAUAGGCCACAUCGACCUCGAUGACACGACCCGCCGCGUCGUGGCAACCACGUUUGCACGGUCCAUCGAUCAGCUGGCCCAUCAACAUAGUGGGCUUGCAGAGGUGCAUCGCAAGUUGGGGCCCUUGUUCAACACGGCCAUGACCGUCCGCGAGUCGCGCCAGCAUGACAAGCACCAGCAAGGCCCUGCUAGCUUCCACGAAGUCGAAAGCGAGGAUCCAGACGAGUUUGACGUUACCCUUGUCGUGGGCAUCAGCGGAGCCAGCACUGACAUUAGCUUGGUUUACCAAAAUGCCUUGCUGAGCCCUGAUACAGCUCGGCGAGUUGCCGGCGUCAUGUGUGACGCGAUUGGAUACCUCCUCAGCAUCAACCUCGAGGCCAGCUCCAGCGACAAAGUCGAACAAGACGACCGCCCCUUGUACGACGCCUUCUUUACUUACCGGACUGGCUUCCAUGAGGAUGCCGGAGUCGAGUUCUGGGAGAAAGAGUUCCAAGGUUCGGAAGCGUCACAGUUUCCCAGCCUGCCGUCGCCCACUCACAGACCCUGCCUUGAUAACGGCAUCAGUCACCAUGUUUGCGGCCUUGUAUGGCCCAAGUCUGGUUUCACCCAGCAGGCCAUGAUCAGUGAUCUUGUUGGACUGGACUAG